UUCGAUAACAAACAUUUUUGGUCAUGAAUUUUCUUACUAAAAUUAUUUAUAAACAAAAAUGUAUUCGCUUGAUGAGUGCAAGCACAAUUUUCAGUUUAAGUUCUGGGUACGGAAAAUGCGGUGUAUCAGUGAUAAGAGUUUCUGGGCCAGAAACAAAGCAAGCACUUAAAGCAAUAAUUGGUGAAAAAUUUCAACCAAAGCCACGUUAUGCAAGCUUGAAGCCAUUUUACCAUCCGCAAAGCAAAGAAAUGAUCGAUAAAGGUUUAGUUUUAUAUUUUCCUGGGCCGGCGUCAUUUACUGGCGAAGAUUCCUGCGAAUUUCAAGUGCACGGCUCAUUGGCAGUUAUUUCAGCUAUGUUAGAAGGUUUGGGUAAAAUACCAGGUUUACGCCCUGCUACACCUGGAGAAUUUACGAAGCGUGCUUUUUAUGGUGGUAAGCUAGAUUUGACUGAAGUGGAGGGCUUAGCUGACCUUAUUCACGCAGAAACCGAGGCACAGCGAAAGCAGGCACUUUUACAAAGCACAGGUUCGCUUUCUAAGCUCUAUGAAAACUGGCGGAAACGUAUUGUGCGAUGUGCAGCACAUCUCGAGGCAUAUAUAGAUUUUGCGGAAGAUGAAAAUAUCGAAGAUGAUGUGGUAGUACAACUAACAAAGGAAUUGAAGCGCUUAAUUAUAGAAAUAAGUGCACAUUUAAAUGACCAAAGACAAGGUGAAUUGUUACGCAAUGGCGUGCGAACUGUUAUAAUUGGUGCACCAAAUGUAGGCAAAAGUAGUUUUUUAAACUUAAUGUGUCAACGUCAAAUAUCAAUUGUGACACCUAUUGCUGGAACAACGCGUGAUAUCAUUGAAACUACACAUAAUUUUAGUGGUUUUCCUGUGAUAUUUUCGGACACUGCCGGGUUGAGAAAUCAAACAAGUGAUGUCAUUGAACUCGAAGGCAUAACUAAAGCAAAAGCCUGCAUAGAAAGUGCAGAUUUAAUUUUAUUACUUUUUGAUGCAAAGCAUUUCAUGGAGCAAUCAAAUUUAUUAGCUUCCAAAGGCCUGGAAAAUUUCGUUCAAAUCUAUUUACAACAACUGGAUAUUGAUAUGAAGCACAUAAGAGAUAAACCAAUGAAAUUAAUUGCUAAUAAAAUAGAUUUGCUAACAACAGAUGAAUUGAAUAUGUUGGAAAACUCACUUGAUGUACUGACCAUUUCUUGCAAAAAUGAACUCAACCUAAAACCAUUUAUGGAAAAUUUUGACAAAUUACUAAAAUCUAUUUGUGGUGGCUUACCCACAUCUGAAAAUCCACGUAUUACUCAUGCCCGAUAUCGACAACAACUAGAGCGAUGCAUCGAACACAUAAAUAUUUUUCUAAAUGAAUACACACCGGACACCUAUCCGGAUAUAGCUAUAUCUGCACAGAAAUUGAGAAAUGCUCUAAGAUGCAUAGAGCGCAUAACAGGUGGAUGUACAACGGAAGAUAUAUUAGAUGUUGUAUUUGCUGAUUUUUGUAUUGGAAAAUGAACUACUUCUGAAAUAGACAACAAUGAAGCUAUAACAAAAGAUUUAUUUUUAUUUACUAGAAAUCUUAACUUAGUCAAAGAGUAAAGGAAAAGUAAGCAUAUUUAAAAACAAAAAUUGUAAAAAAAUUAUAUCGAAAAUUAGAUAUUUUUUUGCCCAUAGCAAUUCUAAUGAUUAAGCAAUUCUAGAGCAAUAUUUAUUAUAAAUUUAAUUUAUUCUUGUAAAUAAUUUAAAAUAAUAAUUUCUUUCAUAUUAUUUAUUACUAAUUAAAUAAAAGUGCAAGUAAGUAAACUCACAAUCCCACCUAUCCAUGUCCUUACUCUGUUCCCUCAACCCAGCUUAUAUCAUUGUGAAAAUUUUAUAAUUCUGAUAUAAAAUCAUUUUUGAGGACAGCGUGGAUAUAACAACAGUUAGUAGUUACUGAC